AUACACUACUGGGUAAGCUGUAAUGUUCUUCAUACCAAGCCUAUCGGCCGAGACCUGGGUUCUCCUCGCCAUUUUCUGGGUCCUUCUUCUCUUAUAUGGAAUUUGGCCUUAUGGGUUUUUUAAGAAGCUGGGAGUUCCGGGACCUCAGCCUUUUCCAUAUAUAGGGACUUUUCUGGGGUACCGCAAGGGUGUUGUGCAAUUUGAUAUGGAAUGCUUCAGGAAAUAUGGGAAGCUUUGGGGGCUUUAUGACGGCAGAGUCCCAGUGCUUGCGGUAUUGGAUCCAGCUAUCAUUAAAACCAUUCUGGUGAAAGAAUGUUACACAAACUUCACAAACAGGCGGAGUUUUGGUCUAAACGGUCCUCUAAGCUCGGCUAUCACUAUAGCUCAGGAUGAGCAAUGGAAGAGAAUACGCACUGUGUUGUCGCCCACAUUUACAAGUGGGAAACUCAAGGAGAUGUUUCCCAUAAUGAAGGACUACUCCAAUAUUCUUGUGAAGAACAUACAGGACUACGUGGAAAAUGACAAGCCAUGUACCAUGAAAGAAAUAUUUGGAGCCUACAGCAUGGACGUAAUCACCAGCACUUCAUUUGGAGUGAAUAUUGACUCGCUCAACAAACCUAAUGAUCCUUUUGUUACACAAAUCAAGAAACUGCUAAAAUUAGGCUUGUUCAGUCCACUUCUCAUCUGUGUGGUGCUUUUCCCGUUUUUAUUGCCUAUUCUUGAGAAAAUGAACGUACAGUUGUUCCCAAAAGAUAUUUUGGAUUUUUUUAUGAAGGCCAUAACCAACUUCCAGGAGAACCGGAAGAAAAGUGACCCCUCUGGCCGGGUGGACUUACUUCAACUUAUGGUCGAUUCAAGAACAGCAGAUGUGAGUGAUCAACAAAAAGCUCUGACAGAUGAUGAAAUAAUGGCCCAGUCGAUAGUCUUCAUAAUUGCUGGGUAUGAGACCACAAGCAUGGCACUUUCCUACUUGUUUUAUAAUUUGGCAACCCACCCAGAUGUUCAGCAAAGACUGCACGAGGAAAUAGAUUUCCACUUCCCAGACAAGGCUAUUCCUACUUAUGAUAUCCUGAUGCAAAUGGAGUACUUAGAUAUGGUGAUCCAGGAAACCCUUAGGUUGUACCCCCCAGCAGGUCGUCUGGAAAGGGUUUCCAAGCAAAAUGUUGAGAUUAAUGGAGUUACCAUUCCAAAGGGGACAAUCACCAUGAUUCCUGCUUUUGUUCUGCACAAGGACCCUGAGUACUGGCCAGAACCAGAAGAGUUCCGCCCUGAAAGGUUCAAUAAAGAAAACAGAGAGACACAGAAUCCAUACACCUUCCUUCCCUUUGGGGCUGGGCCAAGGAACUGUAUUGGGAUGAGAUUUGCUCUCUUGAGUAUGAAAACCGCUAUUACUGUCCUACUGCAAAACUUCUCCUUCCGGCCGUGUGCAGAAACCUUGAUUCCCAUGGAGUUCAGCACAAAUGGAUUUUUACAGCCAAAAAAGCCAAUUGUCCUGAAGAUCAUCUCCCGGAGAUCCGCUGAAUAAGACAAAAACAUGGCGCAAACUCGCGUUACUAUUGCUGGAUACCUUUAUAAUAAUGUCUGUGCCUGAGGACAAAAGCCCAGACUGGCUCCUGCAAUUAAGGCAAAAGGUGUUAAAGGGACAGUAAAGUCAUAAUUAGACAUUCAUGAUUCAGACAGAGCAUACCAUUUAAUACAACUUUCCAAUUUGCUUCUAUUAUUUCAUUUGCUUCUUUCUCUUGUUAUCCUUUGCUAAAAAAUGUAUCUAGGAACGCUCAGGAGCAGCGAAGAACCUAGGUUCUAGCUGCUGAUUGGUGGCUGCAUAUUUAUACCGAUUGUCAUUGGCUCACCCAUGUGUUCAGUUAGCAACCAGUAGGGCAUUGCUGCUCCUUCAACAAAUGAUACCAAGAGAAUGAAGCAAAUCUGAUAAUAGAAGUAGACUGAAAAGUUGUUUAAAAUUGUAUGUUCUACCUAAAUCAUGAAAGAAAAGUUUUGGGUUUCCUGUCCCUUUAAUUUGUUUUAAAAAUGUUAAUACUUGUCUGAUGUUAUUCUAUAGCAACACAAAUGUCUUCUAAUUACACAAUGUCACUGUCCCUUUAAAUUGUUUUAAAAUUGUUUAUUUUUAUGUAACUUUUGUAAUUCAGUUCAUCACGAUCAGAAAUAAACAAAAGUAAAACAA